AUGAGUAAAGACUGUUUCGACAGAUUUGGUGACGAUUUGAGUGAAGUAUUGUUGAGUUAUCUGUCAUUUGAGGACCGAUUCCGGUGUGAAAGUGUGUCCAAACAGAUCCAGAGAGUGAUAUUCAAGACACAAACCAAACUUAAUAUAAGGAAAAGCAAAAAGUUUAUAAGUGUUGGCGAAAAAUGUAAUGAUUUUACUGUAUUUGAAACUAUACUUCAAAAGUUGCCAAACAUUACUGAUGUGGACAUUAGCUACGAGUUUGACGCAAAUAAUCCGGUGAAUGCGAUGUGAAUGAGGAAAUCAUUAAUAAAUUUUUCGCACAUUUUGCCAAACAAUUGAAGAAAAUUAAAAUUAUGCUAAAUAUGGUUAAAUCGCUG